CAUAUCAAAUAAUCAACUUAAAAGAUUGACAACCUUUGGUUGAUAGUUGCACUUCAGAAUUUUGCCAGUUAUAUCAACAAAUGUUAAUUAUGGCAUAGGGCAGCGAUAUUUCUGUGGUUUUAUUGGGAUUAUUUAUUCUGUAAGCAUGAUUAGAUCAAUCAUUUCACUAACUGCAGGAUUGUUACAUUUCAUGUGAAAAUUAGUUAUGAUAAAUUAUACAAUAAUCAUCUUAUUUGAGAGUUAGAAGUUACUUGAGAUCCUGCUGGCAGAUAGCUAUAUAUUACAGUAAGAUGAAUUUCUCAUGUGUAAAUUCUGUAUUUUCCUUUCUUGGGAAAGACCUACCCCAGCUCAAUUGGUAUGAUUCAUAUACAUUAAAGAACAGAACAUUGUCUGUUCAUAAAAUUUGCAUGGAUUUGAUUUUUUUUUGUCAUCUACAAGAGUGUUGCCAUGAUGGCUUUGCUGUGCAAUACAAUCUAAACUGAUUCAUUUAAAUUGGAAUUUCAGGCCAUGAAAUACUGGGUUAUUAUUAUGAAUGUUUUAGAAACUGGGAUUUCUUUGUUCAUACAUCACAAUGGUGCUAUUUCAAUGGUGUGAUAUAUGAUGCAGUAAACUAUAUAGUGGCUCUCUAUUGAGGUGCACAUAAGCAAAUAGAUAUAUUAUUGACAAAAACAAUGCACACUGAAAAAGGUGUUGACAUUAAUACGAACAGACUUAUUUUAAGGGGACAUGACCAAAUAGUUAACUAUGUAAUAAAGAACCAUUAAUGUACAAGAUAUGAAUGUAUUUAUCAUAUAUCAUAUGUAGAAUUUCAGUCAAUUAGCUAUGGAUUAUUAUGCAAUUAGGUUUAUAGGAAUUAUACUAAUGGUUAGAUAUCUCCUGUGAACCUUGUCGCGCAUCCUUCCUUGGCAGCUCCUAAAAAUCAGACCUGAGGCCUGAACUGUAUAGAUAACCUUCAGAUAACAUAAACAGUAAGUUUGUUUAUUUUACAUGAAUACCAGGAGUGUUUUUCUGUGCUGAAUUCAGAUAAUUGCUAUAAAUGCUUUGAGUUCAUUUCACGGAAUUACGACAUAUUACAAAACUAUGAGCAAGUUAUAGUUUUAUCAAAUCAAGUGUCGGUCAUUCUACACAGUGAAAUGCUACACCAUAUAACUUCAUUUGUAAAGCUUUCUGCCUUCAAUCCCUUGAUAAUGUCCUGACCAGGAGAGUAGCCAGGUUUUAAAAGCUGAAAACGCUGCUGUACAAUUGGCAUCAAGUGGUAUUCAUAGAAUGGUCUCCUUCUAUACCAUAACCAAUCAGCCCAUCGUUUCCAUGCCAGCAGUCUGCGGGUGCAACUCGCCUAGUUGCAGUUCUCAACCUUUUCAUCCUGUCUCUGCAAUUUUCUUUCUUAAUUAAUUAUCCAAUUCCAUAACGAAAGCCAUAAUUUGAAUUUGUUUGAAUCGGCCUCCUCCACGUUCUCACAUAGUGAAUUCCAGAUCCUAACAACUCACUGCGUAAAAAUGUUUUUCGCCAUCUUGUUGUUACUACUUUUGCCAAUUGCGCAGGUGUCCUCUGGUUUUCUAUCCUGUUGACAGGGGGACUACUUUCUCCUGAUCCUUCAUGAUUUUGAACACCUCUAUCAAACACAAACACUUUCUGACUUCUAUUUUUACUUAUUCUUCUCUGAGAAGCCUUUUAAGUUCCCCCUGACAUCUUCCCCCAAUUAACUUAGCGAAGAUUAGCGUUUUACUGUGUAGAAAUUCAGGCAAGGAAAAAUCUUUAGAAUAAUGGCUCUUUUGAUACCUCUCCAAUUAUGAGAUUUAUACACUUCAUCUGUCCUAUGCAAUUUUAGAGGUAUAGAGCUAAGUUUUAAAUGGAGGACUAAAGGGACACCAUAAGGUGAAUUUUUUUUCAAUCCUCCAGAUCCACGGUGCAUGCAUAGCAAUAAUAGUAGCCAUUUGUAGUAUCUUUUGAGUAGAAUGAAAAUUGACUGCUAACUUAUGACAUUUUAUAAAUCCUAAGGUACACCCAUGGAAUCCCUAUGACGUUCAAAUCCUACUGAAGAAAUUUAUUGCCAGUCCAUGUGUCUCAAGUGUGAUUUAGCAGUAUUUGCACUUCAACUGAAAAUCCAUUUUAUCAUCAUUUUAUAAUUCUGCUGCCGAAGCUUAUUUUGCACUUAGGAAUUAAGAUAUUUGAUGGCACAAUACUCCAGAACUUGUAGGUUUGAGGACCAGGCCGUAAAUAAGAACUUGUUCUUCAACGUGAACCUUUUUUGGUAUUAAGUGAAAAUGACGACAGGAGGGAAGAUCCUAGUGACAGGUGGAGCUGGUUACAUUGGUAGCCAUUGUGUAAUUGAACUGGUCAAAGCUGGAUAUAUUCCGGUUGUGAUAGACAACUUUCAUAAUGUGAUCAGAGGUGAAGAUGGAACUCCUGAAAGUAUUCGUCGUGUGAAUCAGAUCACAGGGACUGACAUAAUCUUCCAAGAAAUUGAUAUACUUGAUGAAUCUGCUCUAAGCAAUCUGUUCAAAGAGCACAAUUUCUCAGCUGUGAUCCAUUUUGCUGGGUUGAAGGCUGUUGGAGAGUCUGUCCAGAAGCCUCUUCUAUAUUAUAAGGUUAACCUGACAGGAACAAUUAAACUUCUGGAGACAAUGAGAACAUAUGGUGUUAAAGACAUUGUUUUCAGCAGUUCAGCCACUGUAUAUGGAAAUCCCAGUUACCUGCCCAUAGAUGAGGCUCAUCCUGUUGGUAGUUGCACUAAUUCUUAUGGAAAGACAAAAUACUUUAUUGAAGAAAUAAUCAAGGAUCUCUGCUACGCAGAAAAGGAUUGGAAUGCAGUUCUACUUCGAUACUUCAAUCCUAUUGGGGCACAUGAGUCAGGAAAAAUAGGUGAAGAUCCCCAGGGUAUUCCCAACAAUCUGAUGCCAUAUAUUUCACAGGUUGCUAUUGGGCGUCGGCAGUACUUGAAUAUUUUUGGCGAUGACUAUGAGACAUGUGAUGGGACAGGUGUCAGGGAUUACAUUCAUGUUGUGGAUCUUGCAAAAGGACACAUUGCUGCAUUGAAGAAGCUGAAAGAAAGAUGUAGCUGCAAGGUAUAUAAUCUUGGUACUGGAACGGGUUACUCUGUUUUACAAAUGGUAAAAGCAAUGGAGAAGGCUUCUGGGAGAGAGAUUAAAUACCAAGUUGUUCAGAGGAGAGAAGGAGACAUUGCUUCCUGUUAUGCUAAUCCAGCUCUUGCAGAGAAGGAACUUGGAUGGAAGGCACAGUAUGGGAUUGACAAAAUGUGUCAAGAUUUGUGGAAUUGGCAAUCCCAGAAUCCUUACGGCUUCAGCAAGAAUGAAGCAUCGAAUGCACCAUCUAACAGCUGAUUUGUCUAUUUCAGAAAAAGAACUUAACUCUUUUUUAAAAAUGUUUUGGUAGUCAAAGCUGUAGAUCACCAGUAAUAAAAUACCAAGUAGAUUUCUAUAUCUUUUAGCUGUUCUGGUGGAGGAUGGUAUAAAUUUAAACUGCAUCUGUACAGAUUUGCAUUCUAUCAGAUUUUGAAAUUGAAAAUCAAACUGAUCAAGUAAUUGACUUCUUCUUUCACUAUCUAGAUUUCUGCAACCAGAAUUAACUCGUCAUUUCUAAAUAAUUUAAAAUAUAUUAUAUUUUAUAUAUAUAUAUAUACACACACACACACACACACACAGGCUGGAUACAGCCCUGGUGCAUUUGAAAUUUUUGUACUUUAGAGCAAUGGCUUAGAAAUAAA